UUUGACAGCAGGUCGCUUUGAGCCGUUUAGGCUGAGUUAUAUACUUUAUGAUGGGUAUGUUGGUGAGGAAAAACCGCCACAUAAACAAAACCACUAUAUUCUCUGUUAUUUAACUAUUUUGAUUCGAAUUUUUUUGGGACCAUUCCGUCGGUCCUGACCGCCUACCGACGAGAACCAAGGACACCCUCUCUAACUGACGUCACAGGAUCCGUUCCAACACGGAAACCGUAAUGGUGGGGGCUCGUCGUUUAGUCGGUACUGUUGUGAUGGUCUCUCCGGAUCUCUCAUCCUACUUCUAUCCACAACCUGUUAACACACGUUAAAUAAAACACGUCAAUCUGAAAGAAGACUUUAAAAACAAAACAAAAAGUUCAACAAACGAAGCCCUGUCGCUGUGUAGACCAAAAUGGACGAUCGCUGGAGAAAAGUUGACAGAUAAUUCGACCUCUGUUCUUGUAAGUUUAAUGAACACGUUUCUUUGCGUUGAUCGAGAUUCCCGUUGGUAGAUCUACAACCAUGGGGAAGUUAACACGCUGUCUCCUCCUGCUGCUGUUGCUGCUGUCCUGGAAAGGAACCGACUUACAGGUGAAGUCAGUGAGUGUAACUCUACCAGAGUCUCUAUUGUUUGUGUCUACUCUGGAUGGGAGUCUACAUGCUGUCUCCAAGCAGUCUGGAGACAUCAAAUGGACCCUCAAAGAAGAUCCCAUCAUCCAGGUGCCUGUCUACCUUACUGAGCCAGGGUUUCUCCCUGACCCCAACGAUGGCAGUCUCUACGUCCUGGGAGGAAAACACAAGGAAGGACUGAUGGUAAGAGAGAGAGGGACAGAGACAUCCCAGAGCUGGUCCAGUCAUGCAGUACCUGUUGUCAGGAGUUCAGAAUGGAGUCAGGACAUCAGUAACUGGUGA